AUGUUUAAUAAAUACUCUUUAACUUUUUAAUCAACAAAUCUAGAAUUAGAAUACAGAGAAAGCCAAAUACCUGUGGUGAAAAAGGAAUAUACAGCUUUUUCUUUACAAGCAUGCGUAAUUUUCAUAUUCAAAAAUAGUUAUACAUGAUAUUUUAUUCCAUAUAUUACUUUAGAAGUCAGCCCUAUUUUAUCGUUAUACUACUAAGUUGUUGUUUUAUUGUUAUCUUUAUAAUCUUCUCAAAGUUUUUAAUAGAUAAAUACCCAAGUGUAAUAAACAUAAUUUUGCCUUUUCUAUAAAUAAUUAUGGCUUUGAUUUAAAGUGUUGAUUAUGUUUUUAGAUAAAGCAAUCCAAGUAAUUCCUAUCAUUCAAACUAUGAUUGGUAUUAUGGAUUCUGUGCUUGCUAUUUUCAUAUGGGUAUAUUUGUCAUUAUUAUAUAGCUAUAUUUAUUCAAGGCUAUUUAUUAUGGUCAUAAGCAUUUAUUGUAAUAGGAUUACUGUUAGCCUAUAUUUUAUGGGCUUACAGUUACUCUUAUAUCUAUGUUAGUUUAUUAUUAAGUUUUAUCUCUAUUAUUGUUGGAAUGAUUGCCAUCAAAUAUAGUAUAGAGAAUAACAAGAGACAGUAAUUCCUUCAUAACAGAGAAAGGAAAAAAUGGUUUGCAGUAAAAAUUAACAAAAUUUUUUUAGAUUAUUGACACUGUCUUAGAAUAAUCUAUUUUAGUCAUUAAAUUAGAUAAACAAUAGGAUUAAUUAAGAAUACAUUAAAUGAAUAAUAUUACCAAAGAAAUUUUAUAAGUUAAUAAUGACAACGAUUUAAGAACAGUUCUAAGAAAUGUAAAUUAUUCUUAUAAUUCAUGAAGCUAACCUUUUCUAGAGGAUCAAAACUUACUAAUAAAGAAAACAAGUGUACUCUUGAAAAACAUAUUAGAAUGAUGUUAUAAAGUAAUUCGUCAUCAGGAUCUGCCUUCGAAUUGAGGAAAAGGGGCUCUCAAGACAAAUUGAUUAAUUCAUUGAUAUGUCAUUCUAACUUAUUAGGUAACUAAUUCAAAGUCUAAAUUGUGAAUUACUGGACUGAUGAACAAUAAAUGGUGAUAAUGGCUACUGAAAGUUUAAAUAAUUAUUCAUAAAAUCAUGAGAAAUUAGAAUUGAAUUUAAAAAAUAGACUCAUUACUUCUUUGGCCUAACAUUGUUUAAGUGUCUACUUCAAAGAAAGAGAUGAUAGAUUCGCUAAAUUACAAUGCAUGAAUUACUUUGUAUCUCUUAACAUUUUAUAGAACCCUAAUAUAUUAAAUGGAACUCCAAAUAAGAAAUACAAUAAGGAUAGACUUAUUUAAUUAAUAAAAUCUGUUUUUGGAAAUUAACUAAAUAUUAUUAACAAAUUAAAAAUUGAAAACUUACAUAUUGAUCUAAACUCAAUUUUGUUAAUAUUCAUUUCAUUGCUUUAAUUUAGAGAGAAAAAUGAAGGACAUAUUAAGAUAUCAUCUAAAAUAAAUGAAGAUAAUGUUGAAUCUAUUCAUUUUACUUUGAUGCAAUCUACUAAAUAGAUUAUUCCUUAAAUACGAGUUUAUUUUUCAAAACCUUUAUUUUUUUUUAAUGAUUAGGAUAAAUUCGCAAGUAUAUCCCAUCUUCAAUAAAAUUUAUUACAUUUAGAUAAAAAGUUGAAUUAUUAAGAUCCAUUAAAAGCUACAACUUUAAUCAUAAUGAAAUUUAUAUUAUGGCAUUACGGUUGUAAUACUUAAAUUAAAGUUAAAUAAAAAAAUGACCUCACUUACUUUUCAUUUUCUUUGCUUAAUUAAUGA